ACCGAACAGUAAGUGUUAAACAGUGGUUGAUGAAUGUUGUGUUGCAAAAAAAAAAACCAUCAGUGAUCAGACCAUUAAAAUUUAUACUUAAGUGAUUUCUACACAUGAUUCAAAACAAUAACGACAACAAUUCGAUUUAUUGUGAGAAAAUCAACAAAUUUAUCAAUUUUGUGAAGUGCAAUUUUUGAUUGACUCGUUUACAGAACCACAAUUUCUCAAAGUGUUAGUAGUGCGGUUGUGUACAAAGCCAUCCAAUUUUUGUUUUCUAUUGAAAUAUAUACUUUAUGUAAUUUCUAGUUGACUUGAAGUCAAUAUUUAUUUGAUAGUUUUGUAUCUGUGUGUUUUUUGUUACGUUAUUUGAUUUACAAUGUGGAUGAGAUGAUAAGCAGAUAAAAGUAACGAAUUCGAACGCGGAUUAAAAACGAAGUGAAAUAGACAUAUUACAUACAAUAGGAGACCUUAUCAGAGCGUAUACGGAAAAACGGUUUCAUUAGUCAGUUGACGUGCAGUCAAUAAGCACGCACAUUCAUAUACUAUACACAAUUUUGGUUUAGUUUCUAGUUGUGAACAUAAACACAAAAUAUUUUUUUUGUUCGGAUUUUGGAAAGAGAAGUUGGAGAAGAAUUACCGUUUAAAAAUUUCCGAUACAAUUUGGGCUACAAUUUUAAGCAUUCCAUCCGAGUGUUCGGUAAUUAACAUCACAGUUCGAAAAUAAGUUCAAGUUUGCAAUCAAAUAGUCGACCUCUUUUGGGCAAAUUAUUUCCGUUCGUUUGGAAAAAGGAAAAAAAAUGAAUUUGUCAUUUGCUGGUUGUGGAUUCCUGGGAAUCUAUCAUGUUGGGGUCGCCGUUUGUUUCAAGAAAUAUGCACCUCAUCUAUUGUUGGACAAAAUUAGUGGAGCAUCCGUUGGAGCGUUAGCUUCCACUUGUCUUUUGUGUGAUAUGCCUUUGGGUGAAAUGACAUCGGAUUUCUUUCGAAUUGUCAAUGAAGCUCGAUCACAUUCCCUUGGACCAUUCAGUCCAUCAUUUAACAUUCAAACAUGCCUAUUGGAAGGAUUGCAAAAGUUCCUCCCGGCCAACGCUCACGAAUUGGUAAGCGGACGAUUGCACAUUUCGUUGACUCGGGUCUACGAUGGAAAGAAUGUGAUUGUGUCCAAGUUCAACAGUCGCGAGGAAGUGCUACAAGCAUUGCUGUGUGCCUGUUUUAUUCCUGGAUUUUCUGGAUUACUGCCACCACGAUUCCAGGGUGUACGUUACAUGGAUGGAGCAUUUUCGGAUAAUUUGCCAGUGCUCGACGAGAACACCAUAACUGUGAGCCCAUUCUGUGGCGAAAGUGAUAUAUGUCCAAGGGAUGAGACUGCUCAACUAUAUCACGUUAAUUGGGCUAACACAAGCAUUGAACUAUCCCGGCAAAAUAUACACCGUUUUGGACGCAUAUUAUUCCCACCUAAGCCAGAGGUGUUGUCAAAUAUGUGCCAACAGGGUUUCGACGAUGCGUUGAGUUUCCUACAUAGAAAUGAUUUAAUUAGCUGUACGAGAUGUUUGGCUGUUCAAUCAACAUUCGACGUUCAGGAAAACGUCCAAGAUAGUCUACGAGAAACUGGUCAGGAAGACUACGAUCCCGAAUGCAAGGAAUGUAUAAAGCAUAGAAAGGAAGCUUUGAUUGAUAAUAUGCCUGAGACUGUUCUGACCGUUUUCCAAACAUACAUUGAAUCGGCUAAUAAAGGACUUGCCAACUGGAUUUUUAAACACCGUGGCGCGAAACUAUUAAAGACUCUCUCUCUACCAGCAACUUUACCAGCUGACAUUGUGUGUGCAACACUAACCAAGCUUUUACUAAUUACUAACAAUGUUGCCAGUUAUGUUGGUGACUCAGUAGAGCGAAGAGAAUUUCGGUUUAUGGUACUCGCCAACAUUGUUAAAUCUUCGAAAAAAUUGCGCAAAUUUUGCACUCACGAUACAUUAGUUGCCGGUAAUUUCAACAGAAUUUUAGCCGCUACACCAUGCAUCAAAGAUCGCAUACACACCUUAAUCAAAUACAUUAUGAGCCAGAUAGACUUAAUACUCAGCCACAAGAAGCGACAAAAGAUGACCGCAAACAUUUCAUGCCAAUUGUCACUAACCGAGUUCGGCAAUGUGCCAAAAUCCAAGCAUUUAUCCCAUCGAUCAUCGAAGGUCGAUGUAUUAUUUAACGAAAACGAAAUAUCCACUACGAUCGAUAAUGACAAAUACCAUACACCAUACAUUUCUGCGUUAGACAAGCAUCAUGACUUUGGUACGGUUGAUUUCGAUACCUUCGAUCAUAUUCUAACUGUAACAUCCGAACACGAUGCUGUCUAUGCGUAUUAUUACAUGGACGAAAAUAAUAAAGUCAAAGUAACCGAAAUUUUCGAUAUGACGGACAGUGAUAGUCCGGAAAUGCAAUCGUUACACGAACGAGAAAUAAAUCAGCAAUUGCAGUUCGAUGCUGAACUGGAUCUAACUGAGCCAGAUUUUUUGUGGGGAGAACAUCACAGACAAAACACCAUGAUCGAUAUAGAAGACGAAGACGAAUUCUAUAAAUCGAUCAGUGAAACGUUACUGGAAAUCGAAGAAAUGGGCGGUAGUAAUAAUUCAAGUGAAAUUUUUACUUAAAAUUAUUUCGAGAAACGAAACGAACUUUUUUUUGAAAUCGACUCAAUAUGAAUAGUGAGAAACAACAAUGGAAAAUUUAUUGUAAAAAAAAGGAAAGGAAGGAAAUUUGAAUAUUAUUUGCUGAAUUCAGAUUCAGCACAAAAAUACGAAGAUUGUGUGAUCGAUAAUCAUGUCAAUAUUUUUACAAAUAUAAAUAAAUUAGGAGAAAUCGUUUUUAAUUUAUUUGAUGAUAUUUCCUUUAAAAUUUUAUUUAACAUUUCUAUUAGCCUUAAAAUUAAAUCAAAAUGAAUAACGAUACGAAAUUAUAGUUGGUAAGAUAGUAAGCAUAAGUAAAUAAGGUAAUUGAUGCCAAAAA